UCUUCACUCACAACAAACACACACAAUAAACAUACACACACAUAUAGUUGUUCAAAAAAAAAAAAACAUACACACAUAGCAAAUGGCGAACAAGCUCUUCCUAGUCUCCGCAACUCUCGCCUUCUUCUUCUUACUCACCAACGCCUCCAUCUACCGCACGGUCGUCGAGUUCGACGAAGAUAGCCAAAUAGGCCCAUUUGGCCCACAACAAUGUCAGAAGGAGUUUGAACAAACACAACAUCUAAGAGCAUGCCAGCAAUGGAUCCACAUGCAAGCAACGCAACCCCCUUCUGGUCCCCGGGCCCUCGAGUUUGAAGACGACAUUGAGAACCCUCAGGGCCCACAGCUGAAAGUAACGCUAUUCCAGCAAUGCUGCAAUGAGCUUCGCCAGGAAGACACAAUUUGUGUUUGCCCAGCCUUGAAGCAUGUAUCCGAAGAAGUUAGAAUCCAGUUUGAACAGGAACAACAUCAGGGACUUCCCCAAAUAGUGAGCCGUAUCUACCAGACCGCUAAGCAGUUGCCCAAGUUUUGCAAAGUUCCACAAGUUAGCGUUUGUCCUUUCCAGCAUGAUAUGCCUUUCCCUCCCUACUACUAGAUUCUAAACCAAACCCUCUGGAGUGUUUAUAUCACGGCAAUGAGUGUAGUUGUUCAUGAAUGUUACCACUACACAGUUAUCGCGUGUGUUCUAUAAAAAUGUAACUUAAAAGUUUGGGCUAAUGUAAUUGGAACUACUCUGUAAACCGUAAUAAAAGAGUUUUUUUCUUGUUA